CCGGGGCGGUGGUGGCCGGGGCUCCUCGGUCCCACAGGGGAAUGGGCUGCCGGGCCGCUGCCCUGGAGAGGGGUGCGAUCCGUAUGGGAUAAGAUAUUUCCAGAGUCAUAAGCAUGGUUCAGCAACGAAAAUGUGCAUUAUGUCACAUUGUGUACAACUCAAAAAAGGAGAUGGAAGAACACAUGAGAAGCAUGCUUCACCACAGAGAACUGGAAAACCUGAAGGGAAGGGAUAGCAGCCAUGAAUGCCGGGUGUGCAGGGUGACGCUGGUGGGUUUGUCAGCAUAUGCCAAGCACAUCUCCAGUCAGCUGCACAAAGACAACGUUGAUGCCCAUGACAGAAAACAGGAAGAGAAAGAAGAGGCAGAAGAAGAACACCUUGACAAAGAACUCAUUCAACUAAUCAAGCAAAAGAAGGAACGGAACCGGCAAGCUGAACCAAGUUGUGCAAAUCAAGAAUUAGAAUGUGAUGACAGGAGAUCACAGAGAAGGCGAGAAGAUAGAGCUGCUUACAAAGAAAGAGAAGCUUAUGAUCAGUCUUCAUGGCAUCAUCAUAAUGCAUCACAGAGGGACUGGAAGUGGGAAAAGGAUGAUUAUGUUGGCCCUAGACAAGGCAAAUUUUCGCACUCUCAGAGGAACCUUAAUAUAAACAGACAUUCAGGUGGUGCAAGGGGGCGCCCUGGGUGGCACCAGAAUGUUUCAGGAAGCCCUUUAAAGAGACAUAACUGUGGGAAUUCUGGAAAUGCUUGGCAUCUAAGUGGGCGGGGAGGAGGAACAUCAAAUUGGCAUCAUGGUGCCAGGGAAAGAAAUCCUUCUUGGCACUCAGAAGAAACAGGUCAUUUUUCUAGCUGGAAUUCCAAGAGUUACGGAGGAAACUGGAAACCUCAUGGUGCAAAUGGCUGGAAUUUUGGAAACUCGGGAGCUUCUCAAAGCUAUCAGUCACAGCCAAAUGUAUACAGUAAGGAAAGGUACGCAUGGCAGCGGCCAGAGAAGGGUGAUGUUCUGCCAUACAGAAAUCAAAGAAAGAGGGAUGACUGUCAGGAUUUUACUAGUGAUAAGUUCGCUGCUGAAGGGGUAUUGGAUUUUGGUACAUUGAAACAACCAGAAGGCAAAACUUCAAGAGCCAGUGGGAAAAGUGUCAGUCCUUCCAGAGACAAGACAUAUCGCUGGACUCCCUACCCAUCCCAGAAAACUGCAGAGCAGCAACCACGGUCUGAAGAGAAUGUAGAUAAAAUGGAUUCUGUUCUUACGCCUCUUACUGAUUCAUCAAUGAAAGGAAAAACUAAUGAAGCCAAUGUUAGCAUUUCAAAACUUAAACAUGAAGCAUCUUCCCCUUCUAAUGGAACCUCAGAUCACCUUGAUUCUUGCAAGGUUAUGAAAGACUCUUCCAGUGGUGAAAAGCCUGACAAAGAUGAUAGCAGAAGUAAUAAGAUGCCAUCACUGAAAUCCCCUCUUCUGAAUAUCACAGAUAUGAAGUUAUCUUUGACAAAGCAAGACACGAACAGUCUCUUAAAAAAUGUUAGGCUUCUGUUAUCCUCAACUAGCGGUGAAGAGCAGAAUCAUUUGAAUGCAGUGAACUUGGGAACAAACAGUUUCUCUUAUUCAUCAAAGCUGCAUGGUGCUUGUGUUGGUAACUUACAAGACAACAAAGAUGCACUUCAUAGCAAGCUUGGAGAGCCUAUUAGUAGCUUAAGUGAAGCAGAACAAAAUCCCAAAGAUAUUCAGUCCAACAAUUCCUUGCAAAACACUCCCUUAAGCUCCUGUAAAGAUACAAGUGACCAGAAUAGGGAAGAAACUGGGAAAGCAUUGCCAAGGAAGGAGUUCAGACUAGAUUCGUUAGAAGAUGUGAGUGGUGAUGAUUUAAUGGAAAAUGAAAAGUCAGAAGCAAGAGUUGAAAAAUUGGAUUCUUCUGUUGGUUCUUGUGUACCCUGUGACACUUCUGAAGGUAAAACUACCACCUCUGAAAAGAAAGAUGAUGAAAAGCUGUCUGCUUCAAGUAUUGCUUCUGCUCAGCUAAAAAAUUUCACAUUUCGGAUAGAACCCACAGUUUCUUCAUCAAGCAGUCAGGACCGUUUGCAUGUGGAUUUGAAAGCCUCACAGGACGGGGAAGGGAAUGAAGAGUGUGUCAAGUCACAUGAUCAGUUUGAAAUAGAAGGUUUUGAAAAUCCUUCAGAUAAUGAGCUUCAGAAAGGAGGAAGCCAGUCAGGAGGCCUUCUUCUUUCAGAUUUAAGCAAACUUGGCCUGCCUGCUUCUCUGCAAAGAGACCUGACACGGCAUAUCAGUCUGAAGAGCAAAAUCGGGACACAUCUUCCAGAGCCCAAUCUCAAUAACGCACGUCGCAUUCGGAAUGUGAAUUGCCUUCGGAGAAGUGAGACGGAGAAGGAGUCAGGGCUGAAACCUACCCUCAGGCAGAUUCUUAGUGCUUCCCGGCGAAAUGUUAACUGGGAUCAGGUCAUCCAGCAGGUAACCAAGAAGAAGCAGGAGCUUGGCAAAGGUUUACCAAGGUUUGGUAUAGAAAUGGUGCCUCUUAUUCAAAAUGAGCAAGAACUCAGUGAAGAAUCUGAUCCAUCUACUCUAGAAGGAUUCCAGUGGGAAGGGAUUUCCUUAGCAGUGUCUGCCUCAGCCAGAAAACGUAGCUUUUCUGAAAGCAGUGUCAUAGCAGACAGAAAUCCUUCUGCUUAUAGCUUUUUCAGUGAACAAGCCAAAAUUAAAGAAAGUGGGCCAAGGCAAGUAAUUGCAGCCAGCCACUCACAUCAUAUAACAUCUGGAUAUGAGGCAAGCACUGACAUUGAGGCUGAUCUGAAAGAGGAGACACCACCUCUUGCUUUGUUACCUUUUAUGUCUGAAAGAACUCAGGCUAGCAGAAGUCCCAGCCUACAGGCCACCUCUGAGAUCACAGGCCUCACAGAACAAGACCAGGAGAGCCCAGAGAAGAAAACACCUCUUCUUGAAAAACAAAAUGUAUUAGAGAUCUCAGAAGAAAAUCGUCCAGCUUCAAAUAGUGCUUCACUUCUGGCAGUGUCUAAUAACAUUGAUGCAGCUACAGACAGUAGCUGCACAUCUGGUACUGAACAGAAUGACAGCCAAGGAAUUGGAAAGAAGCGAAGAGCAACGGGAGAGGGAUCUUCUCCUGAAAUCCCUAGUCUAGAAAGAAAGAAUAAAAGAAGAAAAAUCAAAGGUAGAAAAGAGCGUUCUCAGGUAGACCAGCUGUUGGCCAUUUCUCUGAGGGAAGAAGAGUUAAGCAAGUCCCUGCUGAGUGUGGACAGCACCCUCUUGCAGGCAAGGGCUGCCCUGCAGGCUGCCUAUGUUGAGGUUCAACGGUUCCUCGUGUUAAAGCAACAGAUCACUAUGGAAAUGAGUACACUGAGAAGUCAGAGAAUCCAGAUCUUGCAGGGGCUACAAGAAACAUAUGAACCUUCUGAACUCUCAGAGCAACUUUCCUGCAGUGCUGUAACUGAGAGACGAAACAGCAAAUAUCAGAUGGCAGCUGACUCAAUUCCUUCAGGCUCUCUCCUGCCCCUUUUGGACACUCUGUCUUCCUCUGUACCUCCCCAAGGAGCUUCUGUUCCUAUAACCAUGCCAUCACCAUUCCAGUCUUCUGGCAGUACACCUUCUGAUACUCCUGACUCCUCAGUACAAGUUAAACGAGAACCUGUGUCUCCAAAAGGCACAGAACUAAAUGUGAAUUCUGUGCUCCAGAGCUCUCCAUGUGCUCCACAAACAGAAGAGGUGGAACAGAAUGAAGAAGAGACCAACCAGAGAACUUCAGUGUAUCCAGUUAUCACUUCAACCAUAUCCCUAGCAGGGCUGGCAGCUUGUUUCCAACAGACUACUCAAGAUGUCCACAAGCCUGCUGGAGACAUGGGACCGUCUGGGCUUCCUGAGAACUCUUCUCCUCAUUCAGGGUCUGUUUUCAGCAAGAGAGAAGCAAAUGGAAAUGAUACUGCUGCUGAAAGAUUUUUACUGGAUCAAUGUAGCACUUCUCUUUCAAAGCAUUCGCUCCUUCUGGAAAUGCCAAUGGAUAAAACCCCCAAAUUGUCAGCAGAACCAUCUGAACAGCACUUGACAGUGGCUGCAGUCCCAGCAGAGAAAGGGAAUAGAAGGAGGAGAAGGUUGAGGAAGAAGAAAACUCUGAGGGCAGCCCAUGUGCCAGACAACAGUGAUACAGAGCAGGAUAUGAUUGACUUCAAGCCUGUCCGGAAAGUCAAGGGUGGAAAGGUUCCUAAAGCAGAAAAAGUUACUACAUCUACUCCACCAAGAGAGGAGGGUGGAGUUACUGCUCAGGCAGCAAGAAACAAAGCCGAGGAUGAUAGUGACGCUUCUCUGGAACUAGUGGAAGUUUCGGCACCUCAGUGUGAGGUGGUUGAUGUUGGUUCAUCAGAGUCAGGAGACGAGAAACCAGACAGCCCAUCAAAGAGGGAUCCAUGCAACUCUGUGGAUCAAGCAGUCCUAGAGUCUUCUGGUUAUGAUGAAGUGAGCUCCACCAGUGAGAUUGGCACAAAUUAUACGAAUGAUGGGAAAAGAAGUGUGGCUGAGACACAGUCUUUAACACCAUCCCUGAAAGGUUCCAAGAAUUCCUCAGAAGUGUCUUCGGAGCCAGGUGAGGAUGAAGAACCUACUGAGGGAACCUUUGAGGGACACUUGGCUGCAGUGAAUGCUAUUCAGAUUUUUGGGAAUUUGUUGUAUACCUGCUCAGCAGACAAAACAGUUUGUGCCUACAAUCUCGUUAGCAGGAAGUGUGUGGCCAUCUUUGAAGGACAUACUUCAAAAGUGAACUGUCUUCUGGUCACUCAGACAAAUGGGAAGAAUGCUGCACUCUAUACUGGCUCAAGUGACCACACUGUCAACUGUUACAAUAUCAAGACCAAAGAACGCAUGGAACAGUUUAAAUUGGAAGAUCGAGUUCUCUGUUUACACAGUAGGUGGCGGAUCCUUUAUGCAGGUCUUGCAAAUGGCACCGUGGUUACUUUCAACAUAAAGAAUAAUAAACAGGUUGAUACCUUUGAAUGCCACGGCCCUAGAGCAGUGAGCUGUUUAGCCACAGCUCAGGAAGGAGCACGCAAGUUGUUGGUGGUGGGCUCCUAUGACUGCACCAUCAGCGUGCGGGACGCGCGGAACGGGCUGCUCCUCAGAACCCUGGAAGGUCACAGCAAGACUAUUCUCUGCAUGAAGGUUGUGAAUGAUCUGGUAUUCAGUGGCUCCAGUGAUCAGUCUGUCCAUGCCCACAACAUACAUACUGGAGAGCUGGUACGGAUCUAUAAGGGCCACAACCACGCAGUAACGGUUGUGAACAUUCUUGGGAAAGUCAUGGUGACAGCAUGUCUGGAUAAAUUUGUUCGUGUUUAUGAACUACAGUCACACGACCGCUUGCAAGUCUAUGGAGGCCACACAGAUAUGAUCAUGUGUAUGACCAUCCAUAAGAGCAUGAUAUACACCGGGUGCUAUGAUGGCAGUGUCAGAGCUGUGAGGCUUAAUCUGAUGCAAAAUUAUCGAUGCUGGUGGCACGGAUGCUCACUGAUCUUUGGAGUUGUGGACCAUCUGAAGCAACACCUGCUAACUGACCACACCAAUCCAAAUUUUCAGACCCUGAAAUGCCGUUGGAAGAACUGUGAUGCUUUCUUUACUUCCAGGAAAGGUUCCAAGCAGGAUGCUGUAGGACACAUUGAAAAACAUGCUGAGGAUGACAGCAGGAUUGACUCAUGAAGCUUUUCACCUCCCACAUUGGGAAGUAAUUUUGUAUGUCAGAAUUAUUCCAAAUAACAUCAGUUUCUUACUCCAGUCUUUCCUCUUUAUUUUCCCAUUUGGAAUGCAAAAACUGAAUGGGGCUGAAAUGCAUUGCUGCAGAGACUGCAGAUUGUGUUGCACUCUGCAGAAAUAAGGCUGGUAAUUAAGACUUAGCCCAAGUUCCUGCAAGUUUUUAAUUCAUUGGUGGACAAGAAUAUUCCUUCCUCUUGUCCUCUUGUGUUUUUUGUUGUUUGUCUUUUUCUGGUGGUUUUAUUUGUUUUUUUAAGAAGCAUAGUCUUUGGAAAGUCCAAAGGGGUGUUGAAAACUUAGAUUACAAUAGGUGCUGCUGUUUGCAAACUCAGCUUGAAGCCUGUUACGUGUCUAAGACGUGUCUGGUUUUGUUGUAUCCAAUUUUUUAGCUGAUUUAAAUAAAAUUCUGCAAACCAGAAUAUCACAGAUUUUAACAAUGUAACCUGAAUAUCCAGUGUACAUUUUUACUUUCUUCAUAAAAAGAAAAGUUAUUAUAUGGAGACUGGAAUAAAUUAAUUUUUUAAUGUUAAUUGUAACUUAUUUUUUAUUCCUUGUGUAAAAAUUGCUGUAACUGGUACAAUAUAUACAGUGAUAGAUACCAUACCUCUUGAGGUAUUUUGUUUAUUUUGAGGAAAGUGGUUAUUCCUUGAGAGAGAUGCCAGUAGCAGCAAAGCAGCCAGAGCAGUGGCUCUACUCAACAUGCUUUGCAAUCUUAGUAUUUUUCAGUACAUGUCCUUAUGUAUGGGAAAGAAGUAUGUGGUGUUUGUUUUUCUUUUAGUUAAAGUGCAGCAAAACCACCAGUGCUGUCUUCAUAAAACACUAUAAUUGGAUUGCUGAUUUUAUGGAAUCGUAGUGACUGUGCUUUGCAGUCCCAUAUCCUCAUGGCACAGCUAACCAAGAGAAAUGCAGAGGCACUGUGUGUCUGAGUGCAUCCACUUUGGUAAUGUUUUGUUUCUGUUGUGAACUGGCUUAAUUGGCUUGGGCUAGAUGAAGUUCACAAAAACUCAACUGGAAAGAAUGGAGCAGGAUUUUAAAGUCUAAAGUGCUCAAGCAGAAGCUGAGGAUAUGAAAUGCAUAUCACAUGUAAAAGUCUUAUUUCUCCUAAUGCACAGAAAGUACCACAGAGGCCAGUGCAGAAGGAAAGACUGAACUUGUCAAGGUUCUCCUGCAGGUGUCCCCUUGAGCGGCAUCGCUUCACCUUGCGAAGUUCAGUGAAAUGUCCUUCUGGCUCUUGCCAUCCUCUCUCCCCUAAUGACACUAAUUCAGUGAAGAACCCUCUUGACAUUGAGACUAAUCUAGCAAGGAGUUUUGUGUUCACUUUUGCCUAACUUGCUGCUCAGGACAAAAUAAGCAGAGGUUUUCCUAAGCUGUAAGAGAAGGCAAAGACAGUGAACUGAGCUGCUGAUACACUAAUCCAGCGCUUUUCAAUAAAACCUGAGUGGACUGUUUUUACUGAGUACCUUUUUCACAGCCACUUUCAGACUUGUCAACCAUAGACCAAAUAAGUUUUAUAGCCUCAUUCUUUGGCUGUAAAGAAGCCUUUUUAGCCCAAGAAAGUGAAUGAUUCAGGAAAGCCCAUGGAUGUUCCGCUGCCAUCAAAUCAAGGAACUUCAGGGCCUUCUCUGGAGCAUUCUGGUUUUGUAUUAUCUUAGCAGACAAGCAGAAUUGCUCUUACACUGAUGAAUAUUUUUUGUGAGACAGGAGUAAAAUAUGGAUGAGAUGCAGUAGCAUCCUACUUCAGAGACAUGGGAAUCUCUGAGGUUCCACUGCUUUUGUGGUGAUUGAUUCUGUUUGUUUACUUUUUAUUAAGCUGUUUGUGGAUAGCAGAAAGCCCCAAUAUGUGGCUCAGACCUCAGGCUGUUCUGAGGGUGUUCUUGUUUUGGUUUUUGGGAGAUGUGUGUUUGUGGUUUUGGUAUUGGACUUUUUUAAUAUUUCUUUCUGUGGACUGUGGAUGAAGCAAUUCAAUAGAGAAUCAAGUUUGGGGGAUUCUUUAAGCAGUAUAGGUGUUUUAUGAUGCCGGGUGUAAUGCUCUAAAGUGUGAGAGCAUUUGUUUGGGUUUUUUCAUGACCUAAAAGCAGAAGACUGCAUAAUACUUAAACCAUUUCCAAAGGUGUUGAUAUUCAGGAGUUCUGGCAGUUUUUUGAACCACAAUGGGGGAGCAUAUAAGUGUGGCAUAAACAGGGUGGGCAUCCUAAGCUGUCCUUUGUGGGCUGUCCUGCAAGUGAAGGUGUGGAGAUGUGUGCUGAGGACCAGCCUGUGGGG